UCGGUGCUUUAAAGGCUACACCAAACAUGAGUCUUUCUUCUCCUCACAGGCGAUUGAAGAGGGUGAAGGGAUGACAAGCUCGGCAGCAUCAUCAUCAAUGGAGUCUCUCAUCCUGAAGCUCCAUGAAAUUUCUGCCGUCAAGUUCGGCUACACAAAAUUUUGUUCUUUUUUAAUUUUUUUUAAUGUUUUUUGGUUUCUUGGUAAAAUCUUCAAACAAGCAUUAUUUGUUUGGCUUGAAGUGAAAAAAUCUGAAGUUGAAUCAAGCUUAGGUGAUAGAAGAUUGGAGUGCUUUGAGGUCCCAAAUCAUUAAGAGAUGAGUCUUUCCUGUUCUUUUAUUGUAUUUUCUCAGCAACCAAACAGAGAAAAUGAGAAAUUAAUUUAUAUUUUUCACCUUUUCACGUGGCUUAGGUAUUUGAAUAUAAGAAUAUCUUUAGGCAAGGUAUUGGGUAUUUUAUCAUUCCCUUAGGUUUUGAGAUGUGUAGUAGGGGGAAAUGUUAAUUCUACUGGGGCCGUGACAUGCUCUGAUCAUAGUAUAAGCAUCUGCUCUGGAGCCACUCUCCCCAGAUUGGUCCCACUUGCUUUUGAGCUGUGUUUGAUCAGAGUGCCCAAAAGAUGCCUGAACUAUUUUUGGGCUCAGCCUGGUUGGCCAUAAAGUUUUAGGCCCAACCAGUUUUUCGGCUUGGCCCAGAUUUUGGUAUUCGAGCCUACAUUGGACGUGAAUUUCUUGUCCAAAAUAUCGUUUCAGCCUGCCCUUGGCUUUUGAUGUUCAAGCCUAUGACAUGUUGAUUUCAGUUGGAUCUUCCUGAAAAUGUGAAUUUAAGAUUGGCGGAACACCUGCUGUGGCAUUGACAUUGAAAUUAGAAGAUUGAGUUUCCAUUUUUUGUGGCUCAUGUUGUUAUCUUCAAGUUAAUAUUGUGAAAUAGGAGAAAAUCCUCAAAUAAAAUUUUCAAGUUAAAAUUGUAAUGUUUAGUUCACAACAUAGUACAGCAUUUUGGUGAGGAGAAUAUUUGAAAAGAAAUGUAGAAUCUACUAGGCUAAAAGUUACCUGUUGUUGCUGAUGCUGCCUUGGAUAUUCUUGCAGGUUGGGCCAGAGAUCUGCUUAUUGAAAACCCAUGUAGACAUAUUCCCGGAUUUCACCCCCGAUUUUGGUUCCAAACUUCGAUCGAUUGCAGAGAGAUAUAACUUCUUAAUCUUUGAAGAUCGUAAGUUUGCUGACAUUGGUAACACAGUGACCAUGCAGUAUGAAGGAGGUAUCUUUCGGAUAUUGGACUGGGCAGAUAUAGUUAAUGCUCACAUAAUCUCUGGUCCUGGAAUUGUGGAUGGUCUGAAACUGAAGGGUUUGCCUCGUGGUAGGGGCCUGUUGCUUGUUGCAGAAAUGAGUUCUUCUGGUAACCUUGCCAAGGGAGACUACACAACUGCAGCAGCAAAAAUUGCUGAGGAUCAUUCAAAUUUUGUGAUUGGUUUCAUUUCAGUUAAUCCGGCAUCAUGGCAAGGGGGGCCAGGAAAUCCAGCAUUCAUCCAUGCAACCCCUGGAGUUCAAAUGGUGACUGGUGGUGAUGCAUUGGGACAACAAUAUAAUACUCCAUAUUCAGCAUUCAACAAAGGGAGAUUUCUUAUUCGAUUUUGAAGUGACAACUACAGUAGUGGUCAACAAUGUUGACUUGGACGGAGGAUUUAGGGUAGGUUCCAGGCAGGCUUUCUUCGAAAGAGAAGGAAUGACAGUAAUGGAUUCGGACAGACGCUUACGGUGCCUCUUGUGGAAUCUGGUCCUCAAGUUGGAAGCCAUGUCCUCCUUCUCUUCCUCUUCUUCACAAAUAAUAGGAGGCAUAGGUUGCAUAACCCCUGCUUCUGGUUUGUUUCUAGAAGAUGAAGAAGACAUAGAGGAAGAAGAAGAUGAAGCUGACGAUGAAUAUGGGGAGACAGGAGGUGGAGUCCUCGCCUUUUGAAUAGGACGAGCCAUAGUCUUUUUCUUUUUCUAAGCAGGUGGACGGACAACGGAGUUGGAAAACGAACGUCUAGCAACUGGCACUUGCCUCAAUGUCCCUUCUUGGCGUUUUUUCUCCCGUUCCUCUUAACGAGCCUAGCGUGCCUCAGAAUCUGCCAAACGAGCAACUUCGUAGAAAGGCAAAUCCUUUAGCACGAAGUGUUCACCAAGCACCAGAGACGAAGGGGUUAGCCAGGGAAACAUAAGAAUGAUAAACGACUUAGGACUGCCAAUCAGUGCCAAAAGGUUUUUGUCCAAGACGAGAACUUUGUAAGCCCAUUCAACAACGUCUAUUUCGAACAACUUGUUUAGAUGGGCAAAUGAAGCCUUUUCCACCCACUUUACAAUGUGUUCCUGCCUCUCCUUACCUGCAUUAGACGAACAGAAAGAUCGUGAGUAGAUUCACAAAAAAGAGGAAAUAAUAGCAAGGUAUAAAGAAAGUGACAAAAGCAUAGCUUACUCGGAAUCUUCAACGAACGUUGUGGAGAAAAAACUCUGUCUGGACCAUCAUAUGAACCACUCUAAGGCUCAGACACCAAAACAUGCUCCUUGACCUAGCCUUUACAUGAAUUUGGAAUACCAAUCACUAGUUGGAGGGAAGAAAUAUGGGCGGAUAAGCUGAACCUUUCAUUUUGGCUCAUUUUCAGAGUAUAGAUGAACGAGACUUCCAAUAGGGAAAGAUCCAAUUGGAAGAGCAUAUCCAACACGCUACACCCUAUCAAUAAUCGGACAAUAUUCGGAUGAAGAAAAGUUGGGAGGAUUUGCGUGAAAUGAAGGUAUUGUUUGAAGAAGGAAGGAAUGGGUAAACAAAGCCCAUUAGCAAACCACUCCUUGGUGAAAUACAUCAUGUAGUUCGGAAGGUUAGCAGAGAAUAGAGCCUCACCAUUAGUUAACUGAAUUAAGAUAGUGUCCAUAAUGUGAAAACGAGCUUGAAAUUUUUGCUUGGAUAAGACAGCAACUGGACGGUUCGGUCUAAGGUGCCCGACUCUAGUAUUUUUCUGUCCACUUUGUUGAGGCCUUCCGCUGGUAGAAACAACUUCCCCUUAUUCCAUUAGACUAAGUGGAUUUGGGUCAUAUAGAAACCUGCGUUGGCCAAUCCGCCUUUCAGCGUUGCUUCAACAAUACAAAAAUGUGCCUAGACAGACCAUAGUCCGAACCUAGACGAAUUUGGCUAUCGAAACUUGCAAAGCAAGUCUCUUGGCCAAUGAUAAAGGAAGAGUCAUGCCCAUCGCCCCAACGUGAUGACAACAAAAAAGCAUGAACCGAUGACAUAAACACAAUGACGACAUAGAAGCAAGCGGGGACACUGAAAAACCUUAGAUUUGGAUAUCGGUACACCUGUUUCCUCCCCCAAAUAAGCAACAAGAACGAUCAAGAAAACACAAAAAGAAAAAUCUAGAAUCUGGACAUCGGUAUGUCCAUUUUCUCUCUAAACAAACAAGAAUAAUACAACCCAAGGAACAAUUGCAAACACAACAAAGGAACGAACAGACGGUAGAAAACUUACCAAAACCAAAACUGAAGACGCUCUCUAGCGAAUAAGAGUUCCUACGGUGGCAAACCAGUUGACAACGGUGAUGAAAGCAAAAAAGAAUAGCUGGUGGCAAGACCAAUGGCAGGGAAAGAGCAGCACAGGCAAGAGAACUCUGAAACGGGAGAAAGUGAAAAGGUGACCCAAAAGUGUGGAGCUUUACUAUUUAUAGGGAACAAAAAACCUAGGCACUCCAAGGGACAUGUCGCCUGGCAAUGCUUUCCAAAGCCAAAUAAAGAGACACACCGUUGAACAACUAGCCUUGAUUGAUGUGACACAUUAUUAAAACCCUAAAUGACACGCAUUCCUUGGUGCCCAAAAACUUGAAAAAACAGAUAAUUCGUCCUACCUCAACCAGUCAGCUACCCGAUCGAGCAUAGCAAACAAAUUAGAGGGCAUUGUAGGGAGCGCUUGCCUCCACGUGGCCUCCCCAAACUUAAGACCCUUUGGUCGGCCAAGGUAAGUAGAUAAUCUGUCUAGGAUCACUUUAUUUGGGCCAAGAUAAGCUCCGUCUGGUGUAAGAGGUGAGAAGAUUUCCUUCUUCUACAAUGCCAGAUGGAAUGAACAGACCAAGCUGACUAGGACUUUUAGACAAACAAAUCAACCCAAUCGAAGUUUUCGGGCAUUGAACAAAUGAUUAAUCACACCUGAUGCUUGAGCGAUGGACUAGACGACAUUUACACCCAAAAGUCAGUGUCAAUUAGUUGUGAAAUAGAAAAGCACUUAAAUAAGGUUAUUAUUAUGUUUGGUUCCUAGAAAGUAUUAAGGAAAAAAUACUAAGAAAAAUAGUUUUCUUAUGUUUAGUUUUACUAUGAAAAAUAUGAAAGAAAAUAAAAUAUAAUUAAAAUUAGUUUGAAAUUUAUAUAGUUUGAAAUUAUUUAAUAUUAAUACUACCAUGGAAAAACAAAAAUAGGCAAUAUGAAAAAAAAAUAGAAUAAAAAGAUAUAAAUUUAUGUGAAAAACCUUAAAUAGAAAAAAUCAUGAGCAGAGAGGAGAAGGAAAUCCACUAUAUGAUGACUUAUGAAAAAUUUCAAGCAAUGUUAUUAAAUAAUAACAUGGAUAUUCUAGUGUACAAUUUGUAUUACAAAAACCAUUUUCGUUUCUUUUCUCUUAUUUUAAACACCACAUAUACGUCCACUAACAACAAUGCAAAUUCAUCUUUUACACGCAAAUUCAUCUUUUACACCCUGUCUGGGCCCUCACCACUCCCAACAACUCCAUGCUGAUACCAACAAGUUGGAGAGUAUUUUAUUAAAUGCCUCACAUUCCCACAAAUUGGUGAGCCCCAUAAAACUAAUCAAAAUCAACGUGAGGUUCAAAAUCAAAAUUAAAAUUUGAUUUUCCUAAGACUUAACAAGUUAGUUUUCUUAAGUAAAAAUUGCGUGUCUUGUUGACCAUGGAGUGGAGUCGUUAUUGUUGUUGGGAUGCACGAAACGAUAAACGUGAAUUACGUGUCUUGGAGUCCCUGCAGCCUCGUGAAAAUUUAAGAAGGCUCACAAUUGCAUUUUAUGGUGGAUCCAAAUUUCCAAGUUGGUUAGGAUAUCCCUCAUUCUCAGUAAUGGUGGAACUAACUCUCAAAAAUUGCAAAAAAUCCGUGUUAUUACCAAAUCUGGGUGGACUAUCGGUGCUCAAGGUUUUGUGUAUUGAAGGUAUGAGCCAAGUUAAAAGCAUAGGUGCUGAAUUUUAUGGAGAGAGUAUGAAUCCUUUUGCAUCUUUGAAGGAGUUGAGGUUUGAGGAUAUGCCAGAAUGGGAAAAUUGGUCUCAUUCUAAUUUCAUCAAGGAAGAUGUGGGAACAUUUCCCCAUCUUGAAAAGUUUUUGAUAAGGGAAUGUCCAAAACUGAUUGGGGAAUUACCGAAAUGCCUGCAGUCCCUAGUAGAGCUUGAAGUGUCAGAAUGUCCGGGAUUGAUGUGUGGGCUUCCAAAACUUGCAUCUCUCUCUCCGUGAAUUAAAUUUAAAAGAAUGUGAUGAGGCAGUAUUGGGAGGUGCUCAGUUUGAUCUUCCAUCCCUCGUUACUGUAAAUCUCAUCGAGAUUUCAAGAUUGACAUGUUUGAGGACCGGAAUUACUAGAUCCUUGGUAGCCUUGCAAGAAUUGAAGAUAUGCAAUUGUGAUGGGCUGACAUGUUUGUGGGAGGAGCAAUGGCUGCCUUGCAAUCUUAAAAAAUUGAGAAUAGAAGGGUGUGCUAAUCUGGAAAAGCUGUCGAAUGGAUUGCAAACCCUCACACGUCUUGAAGAGCUGAUGAUAUGGAGAUGCCCCAAACUAGAGUCAUUUCCUGAUUCGGGUUUCCCACCAAUGCUAAGACGCCUUGAGUUGUUCUAUUGUGGGGGUCUAAAAUCGCUGCCUCAUAACUACAACUCGUGUCCGCUUGAAGACUUGUCGAUUCGGUAUUCUCCAUUUCUCAAAUGCUUCCCAAAUGGUGAGCUACCCACCACACUCAAGAAGCUUCAUAUUGGGGAUUGUCAAAGUCUAGAGUCACUACCAGAGGGGGUGAUGCACCACAAUUCCACCUCCAGCAGCAACACUUGUUGUCUUGAAUAUUUGUGGAUAGAGAAUUUUUCCUUUCUCAAUUCCUUUCCAACAGGGGAGUUGCCUUCCACUCUCAAGAACCUUUCCAUUUCGGGAUGCACAAACUUGGAGUCAGUGUCAGAGAAAAUGUCACCCAACAGUACAGCACUAGUGCAUUUACGACUUGAGAAGUAUCCAAAUCUGAAAAGUCUACAAGGAUUCCUUGACAGCCUUCGGGAGCUAAGCAUAAACGAUUAUGGAGGUCUGGAGUGCUUUCCAGAAAGAGGCUUGUCCAUCCCUAACCUCGAAUACCUUCAAAUUGACAGAUGUGAGAAUCUUAAAUCUCUAACACAUCAGAUGAGAAACCUCAAAUCUCUGCGCAGCCUGACCAUAUCCGAAUGCCCAGGAUUGGAGUCCUUUCCGGAAGAGGGUUUGGCCUCUAACCUAAAAUCACUUUUGAUCGGUGACUGUAUGAAUCUGAAAACACCCAUAUCUGAGUGGGGCUUCAACACCCUCACCUCUCUUUCUCAAUUGACUAUUUGGAACAUGUUUCCAAAUAUGGUUUCCUUCCCCGAUGAAGAGUGUCUUCUUCCCAUUUCUCUCAUCAGCCUACGAAUCAGACGAAUGGGAUCCCUAGCCUCCUUGGAUCUCCACAAACUCAUCUCUCUUCGAUCCCUAGGAAUCUCAUAUUGCCCUAACCUCCGGUCCUUAGGGCCGCUUCCUGCAACACUUACAAAACUUGUCAUCAACUAUUGUCCUACCAUAGAAGAAAGGUACUUAAAGGAGGGAGGAGAAUAUUGGUCCAACGUCGCCCACAUCCCCCGCAUAUCUAGAGGAGGUAACUGUCGAUAUCGGAUGCUGGAUUGAAUCAUAGAUCACUUUCCCUUCCUUAAUUUCAACUAGUAUCAAGGUUGAUCCUUGAUUGUUCAGGUGUUCUUUAAUUUCUGGAAGGGGUUUUGGCCCCAUUGUUUAGUUUGGGUUCAAUUGUGGGAAGCUUGAGACGCCUCUCUAUGAGUGGCACUGGUGCACGAGGCUUUUACAGAUAAAAAAUUCAUUCUACUUGUUCCUCUAACUUCAGGAAGAGCUGAAUGCAACAGUUAGUGCUUGAAAUCCAGAAUUCUCCUGUUGUGAGACAAAAUUGCUUAAAGGAGAAAGGAGAAAGCUUGGAUCAGCAUUGCCUACAUCUCCAACAUUCAGCAACAUGACCUCAUUGGAAAUAUGAAUUUAUAUUGAAUUGUGUUAUUCCUACUCUAGAAGUUGAGAGAUAGAUCAUUCUUUCCUUCAGCCAAGAGGGAGAAAAAUAAUGCAGUGGCAGACUAAGUUCCUAAAAAAAGUAUGACGGUGGUAGGUGGUGGAAGCUUGAUGGAUUUGCCAUAUAAUGACUUUUCUGCUAGUUGAUGGCAUAAAAAUGAAAGGAAUUUUCACACUUAUGGCUCUCCAAGAAGAACUCAACUUAACGAUGUCAAUGUUGUGCUUUUACAUUUGUAGUGGCUCAAGCAAAAUCAACCGUCUCUCAUAUUGGUGCUUAGUGUAGAAUGUAAGAAAUGUGAAGCUUGUUUUCUCCUUAGACAUUAGCAACAGAUGUUUUUGCAGGAUUUGGUUCUCUAGUAUAGUGACUCAAACAUUUUUAUUUUUUUAAAAGUUGUAAUACCUGAGUUUUUUUUUUUUUCCUUUCUUUUUAAAAAGAAAUUGUGAGAAUAUUGUAAUAUCCUUUUUACCAUAGUGGAUUAUUUCUAGACUGGCCCGUGGUUUUUCUCUCA